AUGGUCUGUUGGGUCGACUCGUCCCAGAGGUUCUGUCGGAAGCAUGCCUUCUGGUUCCUGCUCCUCAGCUACGUCCUCUUCACACUCUUUGGGGGUCUGGUGCUCAUGGCUAUUGAGCAGCCCCAGGAAAACAAGCUCAGAGCACAGGUCCUUGAACUCCGAGAGAACUUUCUGAGGGACAACUACUGCGCACCGGAGAGCAGGCUGGAUACAAUUAUCGUGAAAGCGUCCUUUUCUGCUAAUCGAAACAUUGCUGUCUUAGAUGCACACAGAGAUGAUUGGAGCUGGGAUUUUAUCUCGUCCAUGUUCUUUGUGAUCAAUGUUUUGACUGUCCGUGGUUAUGGUAACUCCAGUCUCCUUUCUGAUGAGGGAAAACUUUUCUGCAUCUUCUACUGCCUGCUGGGAAUCCCCCUCACCCUUUUUGUCCUCUCCUGCCUAUCUGACCUCAUGUUGCCCAUCCUUACCCACGGCCCUGUGCGCCACCUCCAGACCUACUGGGGCCUGCCCUACGGCCGGGCAGUGCUGCUCCAUGCCAGCCUCUUCUCUCUGGUCCUGGUGAUACUCUUGUUCCUGCUGCCCGCUACCAGCCUCUACUACCUGGAGCCAGAGUGGAGCUUCCUGGACACCCUGUUCUUCUGCGUGGUCACCCUCAGCACCAUCGGCCAGGGGGACUACCUACUGGGGAAAAGGCGCAACAAGGCGACCAAGGAGUGCAUGGAAUUCCUCACCUCCUGUUAUUUAAUGGCUGGCAUCGUGGCGAUUCUGACUUUCCAGGAGACUGCCACGGAGGUGCCACAGGUCCAAGCAGUGUUCCGGCUGUUCUGUGGACCCCAGGACAGAGAAGUGAAGGGAACAGACGGGGAUGAGAUGGUGCUCCGUGAAGAUGACUCUGGACCCAGAGGAGCUCCAGUACACUCUCCCUGA